AUGGCUCCCGCUCGUAAGGGAAAGGCUAAAGAGGAACAACCAGUGGUCACUCUCGGACCACAGGCCAAGGAAGGCGAGCUAGUUUUUGGUGUUGCGCACAUAUAUGCUUCGUUCAACGACACAUUUGUUCACGUGACUGAUAUUUCCGGUCGUGAAACGAUUGUGCGCGUGACUGGUGGUAUGAAGGUGAAAGCGGAUCGAGACGAAUCGUCACCGUAUGCUGCUAUGCUUGCCGCCCAGGACGUCGCAGAAAGAUGCAAACAGCUUGGAAUUAACGCUCUCCACAUCAAGCUUCGUGCUACUGGUGGAACUAAGACCAAAACUCCAGGACCAGGUGCCCAGGCAGCUCUGAGAGCACUUGCGCGUAGCGGAAUGAAGAUUGGUCGUAUCGAAGACGUGACACCAAUUCCAUCCGAUUGCACCAGACGAAAGGGAGGUCGCCGAGGACGUCGUCUCUAA